GAAAAUUGUUGUUGAACCUAAUAGUAGUAUUUUAGCUGCGUCUUGAGCAACUCAAGAUCAUACUGCUUCGCUAUAUUAUGUUUUUGGUUAUCAAAAAGGACAAAGUCGCGCGAUGUACAGUGAUCAAUAAUCGAGAAGAAUUCCCAUUGUCAUAAGUGCUUUCCAGUGAUACUGAUACUGAAACGUGUCAGCAGAAAAUUGUGCAAAAUGCCUAAACGAAAACGUGCUAAAUCACCUAACUUAGACCUGUUAGAAGAUGGAUUCGACGAUGAAUUGAGUUCCAAUGACGACAAACCAGGGACCCCCAUUCAACGGAAUGCAGCCAACGCUAGAGAAAGGGCCCGCAUGCGUGUUCUGUCGAAGGCGUUCUUUAACCUCAAGCGAAACAUCCCAUGGGUUCCAGUAGAUACGAAAUUAUCCAAAUUAGACACCCUAAGACUAGCGAAAAACUACAUUAGCUACCUGGCGGCCACUUUGAAUGGUCAAUCAGUGGAUGAAUUUUCUACCAACCUAGCGCAACCAGCCAAGACGGCGUGGCCGUUCAUUUUCCAACCAAUGCCAACACAUGAGAAUACAAAAGGAAAAUCAGAUCCAAACCAAGGCAAUCUCGAAAAAUGGCCCAGCAAUCGAUCGUGCGUUACAGCAACGGCGGCACCACCAAAAUCAGAAAGCAAUAUCAAAUCACCACGUUUCUCGCCUUUGACGGCUAGAGCGGCGACAACAUCUGCUGGCGGAUCAUUUCCAACAGAUGAAAUGGAUUUCAGCGAAUCAAGUUCUUUGGGAUUAGGUCAACACCAUCAUCAUCAUAAUCAUGCAAUUGUUCAUCAUAUCCGGCAGCAGCAUCAGAACCAUCAUCAUCAUAAUUUAGGUACGGCGGGUAUGGAUGCGGCCACCCACUUGUCAAGCUACUGAGAAAAUGCUCCAUAUACACUAGUCACUCGAAAGACGAAGAUUAAUAGCAUCAUGAAAACAACUAAUGGUGUAAAAUCGGCCCGUACUUUAUUACUAUUAAAGGAUACGGAAGAAAAAAAACUAACUUUAAGUCAGAAAGUAUUAUUUAAAUUAUUUUGCAAAGAAACAAAUAUCAGAAUAAACUAAAAUUAUUAUGAUUUUA